AUGAGCGGGGAGUGGCUCCCUCAGGGGCCCCUCUUAGAGGACCAUGGGGGGCCCCCCUUGGGGGCCCCCCAGCCGAACCCUGCGCAAUGCGGGGGGGCCCCCCACAAGCCGGCGCUGUCUCCUUCUCCAGAUUCACUUUGGCGCCCGAAGCUGGAGGGGCCUUUCGAAGCGGCCUUUCCCUGGGGGCCCCCCCAGGGCGGCCUCCCCUCCACGGGGGCCCUUGAGGGGGCCCUGCGCGGCUAUGGAGUCCCUAAGGGCCCCCGAAGCGUCAGCAGCUUCAGCCCCAGUGAGGAGGAGGCGGUGUGCGAGUCAACGGCGCCUUCUGAGAGCUUCUGGCAAGGGCCUGCUUCUCCGCUGCUGACGGGGGCCCCCUUGUGGGGCCGCCAACAGGUAGCAGCAGCAGCAGCAGCUGCUGCUGCUGGUCCUUUUGCAAACGGCAGCACUGUUGUAGAGGUGCACCACUUGUCUCCCAGCUCAUCCUUUGAGGGGCAGGAGAAGGACACAGAAGCACCAGACAGCCUCUUGCUGCCGCCCUCUGCUGCCACAGCUGAUGCUGCUGCUGCUGCUCAGGAGCAUAGCAGCAGCAGCAGCGGCAUCGGCAAUGGGGUGUCUCCUUUAGUGCAGUUUCUAAGAACUUCAAAGGCCCUCAAGAUGUCGCUGACGCGCACGAUGGAGAUGCAGCAGCAGACGCUGCAGCUGCUGCUGCUGCACCCACAUAUCGCUCCCCCGGAUAUGGAAGCCCCGUGCUGCUGGUGCUCAGCAGCAGCAGCAAACCCGCAGCAGCAAGAGCAGCAGCAACAGAGUGGAUGCGUGGUGCUGCUCCAGAUCGAGAUGCUGCAGCAGCUGCUUCAGCAAGCUAGCUCGCAGCUGCAGGAGCGGCAGGAAGACUUGCUAGCUGCAGAGGCCCAGCUGCAGCAGCAGCAGCAGCAGGAGGAGCAGCAGGACGGGCUGUCGGCUCUGUUGCCACAUUGGCAGCAGCAGCAGCACCAGCAACAGCUCGCAGCAGCAGCAGCAGAACUCCGCAUCCGCCGCAGCGUGCUGAAGCACCAGUUUGCCGACUUCCAAGAGGCGCUGCAACUGCAGCAGCAACUGCAGCAGGAAGCAAAUGCGCGGUGGCUGCUUGAAGCAGCAGACCAAAUAAGAGGCUCAUUUCCGGGUGCUGCUACGGAGCAGCUGAGCGGUCUGCUGGCGCCUUUGUCUGCCUCCCCAUGGACAGGGCAUAUAACAAGUGGUCUUGUAGGGGCCCAGCUGUCAGAGAAGCGAAACAAACUCCUCAAGCUAGAAAACAAACUGAGGGAGCUGCAGCAGCUGGCAACGUUGCUGCAGCAACAGCAGCAGAAGAGACAACAACAGCAGCAGCAGCUUGCUACUGUCACGACGCAUACGGAGAAGCUUACAGCUGCAGCUUGCACCGAUUUGCUGCUCGCGCACAAAUACCGCAAGCAGUCCAUUAAACUGCCAUACGACCAGGUGCAGCAGUAG